AUGGAGGCCAGAGAGAGAAAGGAACGACGCGUUCUGAAGCAAAGGCAAGUCUUGAUAUUCUUUGUUUUGCUGAGCACAGCUCAGGCUGAUUCUCAGCCUAGGCACUAUUCAGUAGCCGAGGAAACCGACAGUGGUUCCUUUGUGGCCAAUUUGUUAAAAGAUCUGGGGCUGGAGGUAGAUGAGCUAUCUGAGAGGGCCCCCCGGGUCGUUUCCAAAGGGAAAAAAUUGCAAUUGCAGCUCGACAGGCAGACUGGAGAUUUGUUGGUAAAUGAGAAACUGGAUCGGGAGGAGUUGUGCGGCCCCGCCGAGCCCUGUGUACUACCUUUCCAGGUGCUGUUGGAAAAUCCUUUGCAGUUUUUUCAGGCAGAGCUGUGGAUUAGGGACAUUAAUGACCAUUCCCCAGUUUUCCUAGACAAAGAAAUAAUUUUGAAAAUUUCAGAAAGUAUCACUCCUGGAACUACUUUCCUGAUAGAACGUGCCCAGGACUUAGAUGUAGGAAGCAAUGGUUUACAGAGUUACAAAAUCAGCUCCAAUUUAUACUUUCAUCUUAAAUUGCAAGACAGUCCUGAUGGCAUAAUGUUACCACAGCUGGUGCUGGACAAAGCAUUGGAUCGAGAGGAACAGUCUGAGAUCAGGUUAACCCUCACAGCGCUGGAUGGGGGGACUCCACCCAGGUCUGGCACUGCCGUGAUCCACAUUGAAGUCUUGGACAUCAAUGACAAUGCCCCCGAGUUUGCAAUGCUACUCUAUGAGGUGCAGGUCCCAGAAAACACCCCUGUUGGAUCUCACAUUACUACCGUCUCUGCUAGGGAUUUAGACAUUGGAGCCUAUGGACAAAUAUCUUACGUAUUUUCCCAAGCUUCUGAAGACAUUCGCAAAACGUUUCAAAUCAAUUCAAAGUCAGGAGAACUAUUUUUAAUGCAGAAACUAGAUUUCGAAUUUGUUCAGACUUACACAAUAAACAUUCAAGCGACAGAUGGUGGGGGCCUUUCUGGAAGUUGUGUGGUAUUUAUCAAAGUGAUGGAUUUGAAUGACAACCCUCCAGAACUGACCAUAACCACACUUAUCAGUCAGAUUCCAGAAAACUUGCAGGAGACUAUAAUUGCUGUAUUCAGUGUUUCAGAUCCUGACUCAGGAGACAACGGAAAGAUGGUUUGCUCUAUCCAAGAUGAUCUUCCUUUUUUCCUGAAGCCCUCCGUUGAGAAUUUUUACACUCUCGUUACAAACACAGCCCUAGACCGGGAGACCACCUCUGAGUAUAAUGUCACCAUCACAGUCACAGACUUGGGGUCACCCAGGCUGAAAACAGAGCACAGCAUAACUGUGCUAGUAUCUGACCUAAACGACAACUCUCCCGCCUUCACCCAAACCUCCUACACCGUGUUCGUCCGCGAAAACAACAGCCCCGCCCUGCACAUAGGCACCAUCAGUGCCACAGACAGGGACUCAGGCACCAACGCCCAGGUCGCCUACUCCCUGCUGCCAGCUCAGGACCCGCACCUGCCCCUCGACUCCCUGGUCUCCAUCAACGCCGACAACGGACACCUGUUCGCCCUGAGGGCGCUGGACUACGAGGCCCUGCAGGCCUUCGAGUUCCGCGUGGGCGCCACAGACCGAGGCUCCCCCGCGCUGAGCAGCGAGGCGCUGGUGCGCGUGGUGGUGGUGGACGCCAACGACAACUCGCCCUUCAACACGGCAAAAAGUGCAAUGGAGGCCGAAGGGGACCGCUUUCUCAGACAAAGGCAAGUCCUGCUUCUCUUUGUUUUUCUGGGUGGAUCUCUGGCCGGGUCUGAGCUGAGACGCUAUUCUGUGGCUGAGGAAAAAGCGAAGGGCUUUUUAAUAUCUAACCUAGCAAAGGAUCUGGGGCUGAGGGUAGAGGAAUUGGCUGCAAGGGGGGCCCAAGUUGUGUCCAAAGGAAACAAACAGCAUUUUCAGCUCAAUCAUCAGACAGGUGAUUUGCUCCUGAAUGAGAAAUUGGACCGAGAGGAGCUAUGCGGCCCCACAGAACCAUGUAUACUGCAUUUUCAGAUACUACUACAAAACCCUUUGCAGUUUGUUACAAAUGAGCUCCAGAUCGUAGAUGUAAAUGACCAUUCACCAGUAUUCUUUGAAAAUGAAAUGCAGCUGAAAAUCCUAGAAAGCACUCCACCAGGAACAGUUAUUCCUUUGGAAAAUGCUGAGGACUUGGAUGUUCUCCCUGAGCCUAUUCGUUAUUCUGUGCCAGAGGAAACAGAGAGUGGCACCUUUGUAGGCCAACUGAUCAAGGAUCUGGGCCUUCAAACUGGGGAACUGGCUGCUCGGUCGGCCCGGGUGGUGUCUGACGAUGACAAGCAGCCUUUGCAGCUGGAUCGUCAGACAGGAGAUUUGUUUCUGAAGGAGAAACUAGACCGGGAAGAGCUAUGUGGUCCUACUGAACCGUGCGUACUGCAUUUCCAAGUGCUCCUGGAAAUGCCGGUACAGUUUUUUCAAGGAGAAUUAGCAAUCCAGGACAUAAAUGACCACUCUCCAGUAUUCUCUGAUAAGGAAGUGCUCUUGAAAAUACCGGAAAACAGCCAGCCAGGAACUCUAUUUCCGUUGAUAUUCGCUCAGGAUUUGGAUGUGGGUACUAAUGGUCUUCAAAAGUACACAAUCAGCCCCAAUUCUCAUUUUCAUAUUCUCACUCGAGACAAUAGUGAGGGCAAGAAAUACCCAGAUUUGGUGCAGGACAAAGCUUUGGACCGAGAGGAGCAGGCUGAGUUCAGCUUAACCCUUAUAGCACUGGAUGGUGGGUCACCACCAAGGUCUGGCACCGUCAUGGUUCAAAUCCUGAUCAUGGAUGUCAAUGACAAUGCUCCUGAGUUUGUGCACACCCCAUAUGAGGUGCAUGUCCUGGAAAAUUGCCCGGUAGAUUCUGCAGUUUUUAGUGUCACAGCUAGGGAUGUAGAUGGUGGGAACUUUGGGAGUGUUUCCUAUGGCUUGUUCCAAGCAUCAGAUGAAAUUAAACAAACUUUCUCAGUAAAUGAGGUUACAGGAGAAAUCCUACUGAAAAAGAAAUUGGAUUUUGAAAAAAUUAAAUCUUACCGUGUGGAAAUUGAGGCCACGGAUGGAGGAGGCCUUUCUGGGAAAGGGACAGUAGUCAUAGAGGUGGUGGAUGUGAAUGACAAUGCCCCCGAACUUACCAUAUCUUCAAUCACUAGCUCCAUCCCAGAAAAUGCCCCUGAGACAGUAGUUUCUAUCUUCCGAAUUCGAGAUAGAGAUUCCGGAGACAAUGGAAAGAUGAUUUGCUCUAUUCCAGAUAACUUGCCAUUCCUUCUAAAGCCAAUUUUCAAGAAUUUCUAUACCCUGGUAACAGAAAGACCUCUGGAUAGAGAGAAAAGAGCUGAGUACAAUAUUACCAUCACCGUCAGCGACCUGGGGACACCUAGGCUGAAAACAGAGUACAGCAUAACCCUGAUGGUAUCAGAUGUCAAUGACAACGCCCCCACUUUCAUCCAAAACUCCUACACUCUGUUCGCGGCGGCGGAGCAGGCCCAGGCCGACUCGCUCACCGUCUACUUGGUCAUCGCCUUGGCCUCGGUGUCGUCGCUCUUCCUGUUCUCGGUGGCCCUGUUUGUGGCGGUGAGGCUGUGCAGGAGGAGCAGGGCGGCCUCCGUGGGUCGCUGCUUGGUGCCUGAGGGCCACUUUCCGGGCCAUCUGGUGGAUGUCGGCGGUACUGGGACCCUGUCCCAGAGCUACCAGUAUGAGGUGUGCCUGACUGGAGACUCUGGGACUGGUGAGUUCAAAUUCCUGAAGCCAAUAUUCCCUAACCUCUUGGUUCAGGACGCUGGGAAAGAAGUUAAGGAAAACCCGAAGUGCAGGAAUAGCUUUGUAUUCAGUUAAGUGUUGUAUGUAAUUCAGUUUACGUCUUACCAGUUUUGUCAAAUUUCCCAUGGCAAUGCCUUUCUUUUGGGAAAUUAUAUUAUCAUGUAAAUAUGCAUACAGCUAUUCAAAACAUAAGCAUGCUCCAGAUAGUAUUAAAUGUUCCCUUUUUAUUGGCAUGAAUUGCCCUUAGCAUUUUAAGUUAUUCUGAAUAUUGAUUGCAUAUGUAUUUUUCUAUUUGACCUCCC